AUGUCUACAUUAUUAUUACAACAUAGCUCGGAUAGUAUCUUGAAUAGUGAACAAAGAUGGUUACCAGUUAUAUCAGAAGUGGUUUUUGGAAUUGGAAAGGAAAUCAUGGAGGAAAUGCACUGUAUGGAACAAUUUUUCAUUAAACUUCAAAAUAUUUAUGCCUUUGUUUGUCAGGUGUGUUUUUUCAUUUUAUGGUACGGAAUAGUGGAAGAGGAAGAAAUAGAAGAAUUACGAGGUGAAAAAGGCGUCAUAACAGCAUUAACAACCAUUCUUUUCUAUUCUGUGUUUGGAUAUUUCGCAACAAGAAUCAGAGAUAUUUGCCAAAAUGGUAGAGCCAGGUCAAUUCAGUCAACUCUAUCCAUGCGAAGCUACUUCAAAUGGUUAUGUAAAAUUAUUCUCGAAUGGGCCAAAGCGGUAGUAAUAGUCCUCUGUUUAAGAGAACAAGGAAUUAAUUACGAUCCAAGUUUGAUUUAUAGUAUAGUAACAUUUGUGUAUUACCUGUGUACUGAGAGAAUAUUUCUAGAAAUUAUUCCCUCUUUAAUAGAAAUUUUAAACAUUGAAUCCAUGGAGAACCUGGAACAUCUUUAUGUACCCUUGUUUUUAAACAUACUUACUAUUAUAUCCGGGAUAGUUCUUAUUUGCGUUACAUUACUUAAGAGAUUUUCUAACUUUGUGUUGCUAACUAUUUAUUUUCUCGUCUAUUUACGAAUAAAGGAUGCCUAUUACAAUUACUGGCUACUGCUUGUUGCUGAGAGAGAGACAUACUCCAGUUUUCGCUCAGCGACAGAAAGGGAAAUUCAAGAAUGGGCAGAUAUUUGUGCAGUCUGUUUAAAUCAUAUGUCCAGAGCUAGGAUAACUCCUUGCAAUCAUCUAUUCCAUCCGUAUUGUCUUAAACAAUGUCUGAAGACCUCUUUUUAUUGUCCUCUGUGUAAACGACAUUUUAUGGAAACAAGUGGUGAAAGUUAA